AUGACUAUGGUUGAUCAUGAUCCUGCAAAGGGUGAAUCUCAUGAUCCUACUUCCAGUCGGCCUGGACGAAAAAAGGGAAGACGUGCUCUCAUGAUUGAAAAAGGACCAGACACGUUGAAGCGACCGAGAACGCUUUUUGACACGGAUGGCAACUUAAGCAUGCACAACAUUCUCAGUCCAAACAGCAGCAUAGCACGAUCGACGCGUAACUCACAACGACAACUACAACCACCAACUCCAACAAGAAGAGCACGCGACCCUGUAUCUACAACCACAACGCAUAGUAGAGGAAGAGGAAGAGGUGCUAGCACAACGUCAAGAGGAAGAGGAAGAGGACGAGGCAACAAUAAUGACAAAGCCCGUGGUGUGAAACGAGUUGCACCUGACGAAGAGCAUUCUCAACAUGAUACGACAACAACAACUUCUUCUUCAUCAUCAUCGCGAGGACGUGGACGUGGACGUGGAAGAGGACGAGGAAGAGGUGCGAUCACCAACAACAAUAAGCGACAACGAUCCGAUGACAGUACACGAUCACCACGACAAAAGUAUUUGAUGGAUAAUGCAUCAACCCCUCUUGAUCGAUAUCGAAACGACGUUCUCACCGAGAAAGCAGAGGAGUUGGCGACUAUUUAUGAUCAUCAUACCGAGACUGUCCGAGAAUUAUACCACCUUGAGUUGCAUCAGAAUAUGCUCGAUUACAAUCCAGGACAAAAAGAGAACAUUUAUGAUCAACGCUUCAAAAAGUAUGCAGAAGCGUAUGAUCUAUGGGAAUCAGCCAAUGAGCACUUACAACAUCAUUCGAGGUCAUCAGGCGUCAACACACGACAUCAGACAUUACCAUUGAUUGGUGCGUUACAGGAUGUAUUUGAGGAGAAGGUCAAAAAGGAGGAGGUAGCUGCCGGUAGGUUACCAUCCAAAUCAACCACGACGUUAUAUACGGGCAGCGAAGUACGGCGUUUCACUCGACAAUAUCGUACCCUCAGUGAUUAUCUCGCCUCCUUUGUAUCGAUCGAAGACAAUGAAGAUGUGACGCCAGCACAAGCAGAGGAAUUGGUAAAGAAGGAGAUUGCUAUACGACAACGAAUCGAAAGGUUGAAUGCGAAUGGUGGUUUUUCAACUCGUUUACAAUCCAUUGCGAAUCGGAGACCACAAGGUGAACUUCAACAACGAUGUACCACGCACCAUGAUAUUGUUGUCAGCCAAGCGCUUCAUGCAUCCAAACUUUUCGCUAGCAACACGAGACAUCGACGUAACGCAGCUCGAAAGUGCGCCAAAGCGAUUGAACGUCAUUGGGAAUUGAUACGUACGCAUGAUGAACGACGCCAUCGAGAGGAAACACGUCGAUUGAUGCGAUUAGCCAAAAAGACAGCACAACAUGUGAUGCGUAAAUGGAAGGUCGUUGAGCGUGUAUGUGAAGCAAGACACAAGGAGAUCCUCAAAGAAGAACAAGCCAUGGAAGGAAGAAGGCAUUUGGAGAUGAUUCUUGAGCAUUCUGAACAAAUGUUGGGUGUACGCAUGGAAGAAUUGGCAGCAACCAAUGAAGAAGAGGAGGAAAUGGAUCAACCAAAGAUUGAGGAAAUUGCUGAGGAACAAUCACCUAUCGACGACACCAUCCCUGAAAGUCCACCUCGACAAACAUCAGCAGGCAACGAUGAUGAUGAAUUCAGCGAGGAGGGUAUGGAUGAGAAAGAUCACAUGAUUUCGGAUGAGGAUGAAAGCGAGGACGAUGACGAUGAAUUGAAUGAACUCAAUGCUGAUCAAGAUUUGGACAUUGAACAACUAUUGAAAAAGUACAACUAUCGACUGGAGGAUGAUAGUGAGGAGGAGGAGGACGAGGAGGAAGAAGAAGAGCAGCCAAUGGAUGUUGAAGAGCCUGCUUCUCCUGGUGUGGAACACGAUGAGGAUGACAACGCAGCAUCCAAGACUAUGAUACCCGCUGAUACACUACCAUCACAACAUGAUCAGCAAUCUGACAAUGGUCACCAUGAGGAGAACAAGGAAGAUGAGCAAAUUGAAAAGAUGGAGGAAUCGGAUGAUGAUCGUACAGUGACAGUAUAUGGAUCGGAUAUGAGCGAUAUCGAAGAGAAUGAGGAGAAAUCGAUUGAGGAUGAAGGAAAACAACAACCAUCACCACCAUCGCCACCUUCAGAAAAAAGCGUUACACCCAAACCAGAAAUGGCUCAACCAACAGGAACAACUCUAUCCACUACCAAAGUCAACAUCAAGAUCCCAUUCUUGUUGCGAGGCACAUUACGAGAAUAUCAACAUGUUGGAUUGGAUUGGUUGGCAAGCUUGUACAACAAUGGAUUGAAUGGCAUUUUGGCUGAUGAAAUGGGUCUCGGCAAGACGAUCCAAACGAUAUCGUUGCUUGCAUAUCUCGCAUGUGAAAAGAGGAUUUGGGGACCCCAUUUGAUUGUUGUACCGACAAGUGUGAUCUUGAAUUGGGAGAUGGAAUUCAAGCGAUGGUUGCCAGCUUUCAAGAUUUUGACGUAUUAUGGUACACCGAGGGAACGCAAGGAGAAGCGAACUGGAUGGUCCAAGGAGAAUGCAUUCCAUGUUUGUAUCACGUCGUACCAACUUGUCAUUCAAGAUCAAAAUGUCUUUCGUCGUAAGGCAUGGCAGUAUUUGGUGUUGGAUGAAGCACAUCACAUCAAGAAUUUUCGAUCUCAACGAUGGCAGGUGUUGCUCAACUUCAAUUCCAAGCGACGAUUACUGCUCACUGGUACGCCAUUGCAAAACAACUUGCUUGAACUUUGGUCACUAUUGUACUUUUUGAUGCCGAAUGGUGUAUCACAAUCAAUGCCUAUUGGAUUUGCAAGUCAAAAGGAAUUUCAAGAGUGGUUUUCUCAUCCUGUGGAUCGAGUGAUUGAAGGACAACAAGAGAUGGAUGCUGAUUCACGAGCUGCUAUUCAAAAGCUGCAUACCGUAUUACGGCCCUACUUGUUACGGCGUCUCAAAAGGGAUGUGGAGAAACAACUUCCAGAAAAGCAUGAGCACGUGGUGUAUUGCAGAUUAUCCACUCGACAGCGAUUCUUAUAUGAUGAUUUUAUGAGUCGUGCCAAGACCAAGGAAACACUUGCUAGCGGCAACUUUCUCAGCAUCAUCAACUGUCUCAUGCAGCUACGUAAGGUCUGCAACCAUCCUGAUUUGUUUGAAGAGCGACCAAUCAUUACGAGUUUUGCCAUGCACGAUGAGGUAUUGUGGACAGGACAACAACUAGAAACGCGUGUUCGAAAACGGCUUGGUUUCAUCAACAACGGGGGCCUCGACUCCACGAAUCUGGUGAUUGUCAACAAUGAGCACGUAUCAGCCACAGUUGCCAGUGAAUAUGAUAACAUCGAUGCCAGCAAGUAUUUUGUACAUCAAAUUGCACGAUAUCAGACACAAAUCGACAUUGCAGAAUCAAGAGGAAUCACUAUGCACAAUCGUUACAACGAAUUGCGACAAUAUGCAGCACGUUACGACUAUCACGAUUUCAAAAAGUACUACAAGUUUCGACAGCUGCAGGGGUGCUACGCUUCUCUCAGUCGAUGGGAAUCGAUGCUGCAUGUCAACUCUAUGCGAUGUGCGAGACGCCCUCUUUAUGGUGCUUCACUUAUCCAACUAUGUGAAUCCGCAACUGCAGCCCGUGAAGCUACUUUUUUCCCCACCAAACAUGACAAUCGCCAUUUCUUUGACAUUUCCACUCAUCUACGCAAGGCUGUUGUCAGCUAUCAAGAUCGCAUCAAUGCUCAUAUGGACAUUAUUGAUCGAUACGGCUUUGUCACACCUGGCACUGUUAUACAACGAUCACCUAUCAAAGAAGAGCAGCAAUACCAAGAGCAUCAAGGUAGUCUCGAUGUUGAUAUCCUUCAUCCAUUACGAACACGCCUAUCGAUUGUGUUUCCGGACAAGCGACUCCUUCAAUAUGAUUGCGGCAAAUUGCAAAAGUUGGAUGCGUUGUUACGGCAACUAGCAGCGGGUGGACAUCGUGCAUUGAUAUUUACGCAAAUGACGCGUGUGUUGGAUGUGCUUGAAUCGUUCCUGAAUAUGCAUGGCCAUCGUUAUCUCCGGCUUGAUGGUGCCACAAAGAUCGAGCAGCGUCAAGUUCUCACAGAGCAAUUCAACAACGAUCCACGUAUCCUUGCAUUCAUCUUAUCAACCCGCAGCGGUGGUCUUGGUAUCAACCUCACAGGUGCAGAUACGGUGAUCUUUUAUGACUCAGAUUGGAACCCAUCCAUGGAUAAACAAUGUCAGGAUCGUACGCAUCGUAUCGGACAAACUCGAGAUGUGCAUAUAUACCGCUUUGUUACCGAAUAUACCAUCGAAGAGAAUAUUUUCAAAAAGGCAAAUCAAAAAAGAAUGCUUGACAACAUGGUCAUCCAAGAGGGUGAAUUCACAAACGAUUACUUUCAAAAGACCGAUUGGUGGCGAGAUUUACCAGAAGUGACUGGAAGCAUUGCUGAUACUGCUACAACGACUCCCACAACUGCAACAGAAGCUGUCAAAACCAAUCCACCCCCUGAUGCCAGCAACAUUGACAUUGAGCAAGCGCUAUUACAAGCUGAAGAUGAAAAUGAUGCACAGGCUGCAAUCACAGCCCGCAACGAAAUGGAAAUGGAUGAUCGUGAAUUCAAUGAAACCAGGCAAUCCAAUAGUCCUUCGGUAUCGUCGCCAAGUGGACCCUCAUUAAGUGUACCAGCAACGCCUGCUCCAGAAUCAGAAGGUCAAACGUUCCUUUAUGAAGAAGACGAUGUAGAGGAAGCUGAUGCUAGUGGCGGUGCUGUUGAUGAACAAGACAUGCAGCUUUCUGUGGGACAUGUGGACCAGUACAUGCUACGCUUUUGGGAACGCGAAAUGUAUGGUCAUUACUUGGGCUUUGGUGGACUUCCAGAACCUGGUCAGGACAUUCAAAUUGUAGAUUAA